GCGGGGAGGCGGCGGCGGCCGCCGGGAGCCGGGGCAGGGACGGCUCCGCCCCGGCAGGCAGCGGCGGCAGCCGCCGGGAGCCGGGGCAGGGACGGCUCCGCCCCGGCAGGCAGCGGGGCCGUCGGGCGACAGCUGGCCGAAGGGGAGGCGUGCCGGCGGAGCGAGAUGGGAUGAGGAGGAGCCGCGGCAGUGAGGAGGGGACAGAGUGGGCUGAGGGGAUUUAGCCGCCGUGCAAGGCGGGGCGCGGUACGAUGUCGGGGACGGGGAGGACGGCUGUCUGCCUGCUGCGCUGCGACCUGCGCGUCCAUGAUAACGAGAUGCUGCACUGGGCUCAGAGCAACGCAGAUUUCGUUAUUCCCCUCUACUGCUUCGACCCGCGGCAUUACCUGGGCACCCACUGCUACGGCUUCCCGAAGACAGGGCCACAUCGGCUUCGGUUUUUGCUGGAAAGUGUGACGGAUCUAAGGGAGACACUCAAGAAAAAAGGAAGUACCCUGGUUGUGAGGAAGGGGAAGCCAGAAGAUGUGGUCAGUGAUCUGAUUACUCAGCUGGGCUCUGUCAGUGCUGUGGCUUUCCAUGAAGAGGCCACACAAGAGGAGCUGGAUGUAGAGAAGGGGCUGUGCCAGGUGUGUAGUCAGCACGGGGUGAAGAUUCACAUGUUCUGGGCUUCCACGCUGUACCAUCGGGAUGACCUUCCCUUCAGGCCUAUUGCCAGGUUGCCUGAUGUCUACACCCAUUUCCGAAAAGUGGUGGAAUCUGAGGCAAAGGUGCGGCCAACCCUGUGGAUGGGAGAUCAGCUAAAGCCUCUGGCUCCAGGGCUGGAAGAAGGGUGCAUCCCUACAAUGGAGGAGUUGGGACAGAAGGAUCCUGUGACUGACCCACGAACAGCCUUCCCUUGCAGUGGAGGAGAGACCCAGGCUUUAAUGAGGCUGCAGUAUUAUUUUUGGGACACGAACUUGGUUGCAUCCUACAAGGAGACUCGGAAUGGACUGGUGGGAAUGGAUUACUCAACCAAAUUUUCACCGUGGCUGGCACUGGGCUGCAUUUCACCUCGAUACAUCUAUGAGCAGAUCCAGAAGUAUGAAAAAGAGAGGACAGCAAAUCAGAGCACAUACUGGGUUCUGUUUGAACUGCUCUGGAGGGAUUACUUCCGAUUUGUGGCCCUGAAAUAUGGCACAAGGAUUUUCUCCUUAAGAGGGCUUCAAAUCAAAGAGGUGCCCUGGAAGAAGGAUCUUAGACUCUUUAACUUUUGGAAGGAUGGCAAAACAGGGGUUCCUUUUGUUGAUGCCAACAUGCGGGAGCUGGCUGUGACUGGCUUCAUGUCUAACAGAGGGAGGCAGAAUGUUGCCAGCUUUCUCACCAAGGACCUGAGGCUGGACUGGAGGAUGGGGGCAGAAUGGUUUGAAUACCUGCUGGUGGAUUAUGAUGUUUGCAGCAAUUAUGGCAACUGGCUGUACAGUGCUGGUCUUGGCAACGACCCUCGGGACAACAGGAAGUUCAACGUGAUUAAACAAGGCCUGGACUACGAUGGCAAUGGGGAUUAUGUCCGGCUGUGGGUCCCAGAACUACAGGGCAUAAAGAGAGCAGAUAUCCACACCCCUUGGGUACUGAGCAGUGCUGAUCUCUCCCAGGCAGGAGUGACUCUAGGUGAGACCUACCCACAGCCAGUAGUGACGGCCCCAGAGUGGAGCCAACACAUCAGACAGAGGCCUCAGGGAAGAAGUCCGCAUCCCCGGGGCAGGAGAGGACCUACACACAGGCCAGUGCAGCACAAGGACAGAGGGAUAGAUUUUUACUUUUCUGGCAAGAAAGAUGCAAGAUGAAGGCUGUCCAGGUACCUGCUGGGGAAGUGCUCAGUGGGAGGUUAAUUGCCUUGAACCAAGCCAAGGACAGAAGCCUAGAUACAGUGACUGGGGAUCUGCUGUUCAGCGUUCCCAGAAACAUGAGCUGGAUGUGGAUACCCUGAGGCUCUGUAUUCAUGCUGACUCUGGUGGUGGGAUCUUGUGCUGAGGCUGGUCCACCUGCUGAUCUCUGGGAGUGCCAAGGGACAGCAUAUGACUGAGCUCCGAGGUUCUUUGGCUGGAAGGAGCUCUUUAACUGAUAGUAAUUAACCAAAAUGGCACAGCCUUUUUGUUUAGAGGUGUGGCUGCUUUUGCUGUGCCUCAUGCUUUGUACUGGCGCUUACAGCUUGGUUUCUUUUCCUCUUUAAGACUGGAGCAGAUGGUUGAUGCAGCAGGUGUGCAGGUGUCUAAUGAACUUUCUCAUGCUAACAUUUCAUGGUUUAAAGCUUUAAAACUACCAAUCAUUGUGCAAUUAAAAGUUUUGCUGCUGGAA